AUGGCUAAGUCGGAUAAAAUAAAUUUACUGACAAACGCGUUGUUUCGAACUUUGACAGCGCCCGAGGGCACGAUCGUUGAAUUUCCAGAGCUAGAGAAUGUAUUUAAUGCUCAAAGCACAGAGUCGUCAUUUAAUAUAGGAACUUCCAGUACCACUGUAAUUCAACAACCUACUUUGAAAAUCAAUAUCUUUGAUUUUGAUGGGACUUUGUUCUCCUCACCCGAACCAAACCCUGAAAUAUGGGAAAAACGGUUGAUUGGCAUGUUGAAAGAAGAAAAUAAGAUUUUUAGAGGAUGGUAUCAAGAUAAACGGUCACUUGAAACAUGUGAAACGGGAAAUAGGUGGAAUAAUAAACUUGUCGAAACAGUUAAGCUUUCAAUGAGAGCUGAAAAUCAUUUAACAGUUUUAUUGACAGGUCGUAAUUACAAUGAAUUUCACGAGAUGAUUACGGAAAUGGUUGAAAGGAGAGGAAUGAAAUUUGAUGUGAUGGGUUUUAAACCAAACAUUAAUCUUCUUGAUUGGCAAUCAUAUUACAAGACCCAUAUUAUUAAAACUGUAGGCAGGGAUAUAUAUCAAGAGAUUAUUCUGAAAAAAAGUACGAUAGAAGGAACCCAGAGAUUAACAACAAAACAAUUCAAAUUCAAUUUUAUUAACGAUUUAAUCUCGCAUCAUCCUUCAACCAUUUCAAUAAGUAUAUGGGAAGAUCGAAAACCCCAUCUUAAAGCUUUUGAAAUUUUUUUUAAAGAAUUGAAAACUCUUGGGAAGAUUAAAGAAGGGAUCGUUCAUAUGGUGAAACUUCCGAAAAUUCCUCUUGAACCUUUCGCCGAAUAUCAUAUGGUGAUGGGUAUGGUAAAUGAUCAUAAUGAACGCACUGUUAAUAACAAGAUUGGAAUCGUUAGGAAAAUUCAAUACGCAGGAAUCUUUUUUGAUGAUCAUGUGAUUGAUCAAUUGAAGAAGAAUUUUCCACCUCCUGAAAAUUAUGGUGAAUGGGUUUUUGAAGGGUCAUACGUUCAUAUUAGAACGAAUACAAAUAACGAAUGGCUAAAUUCAUAUUGUGGAGGUAGAGGGGCCAUUGUGACGAUGAGAGUUACAGCCUUUGGUAUAUAUCAAGAACGUAUUUAUUGUUUGCAAGUGAGUGAAUAUGAAAAUAUCCAAGCAAGGACCCCUCAAGGUAUGCGUAAAGGUAGAUUAUAUAGCGAUUGUCCGGUACCUUUCAUUAAUUUCGCCUACGUUAAAGGUAGCCAAGGAUUUGAUGAUAAUACGGAAACGUUUAAUUUUAAUUGGGUACCAAUUGAAUAUGAAAACCAACUUGUAAUUCAAGGGGUGAUCGCAGCAAAAUAUAUUCUUGGUUUAGCUUGA